AUGGGGUGCGCCCUGGCGCUCAACAUCGAGUCUUCCAGCUGCAGGCCGCCCAACACAAAGGGCAAGAGGCACACGCAGUACCUGGUAUGCCCUGUUUAUCCUAUGGGCAGCGGCAAUUGGGUCUAUUGCAAUCGAGCAGAUAAGCCUGGGUGGACCAACUGCAAGCCGUGCGGAUACGAGUGGAAGGCACCCAGCGCUGCACCACGCGAACAAGCAGAAGACGGAGGAGCCUCGGAUGCUGCCAAGGCAAUGGUGGAGCUCCUCAGGAAGCAGUACGUCCUGGCGCAGCAGCAGAAUGACCAAGUCAAGAUGGACGAGAUCCUGGCGGCGUGCCCAGAGGCCAAGCCGAUGGACCCCGUCGAGCCCGCUGAGCCCUCCAUGGGGCAGAAGCUCCAGCAGGCGGUGGUGGAGCUCAACAAGCUGCAGAAGCAGCAGGACAAGCUCGCCAAGCAGCUCAAGCGGGCCACCGAGUACCGCGACGACGUGCUCAACAGGAUCAGCACCAACGUGGCCGAGCUUACGGAGGCAAAGCGGACAUUCACGGAGGCAAAAGAAGGACUGGGUGGGGAAGAUGAAGCACCUGAGGCUGAGAAGAAGCCAGAUGAUGAAGAACAGUUCCCUACCCUCGCCCAGGAUGACCUGGCCAUGCUGGACGAGAAGCAGCAGCAGGAGUACGAGCAGAUCCAGAAAGAUUACCAGCAGGCUAAGACGUUCAUCAACGCAAAGAAAGAAGCUGUCCAGAAUGCGAAGAAGGCGCUCGACGCGGCCAAACACAUCCACGAGAAGGCUAGUACAAGAAGUCGCGGAGGCCAGGGCGAAGCUCGUACCGACCAGGCACCAGCGGCAGCACCAGUCCCUGAACCUGUCCCACCAGAGCAGCCAACUGGAGCAGGAAAGCCCAUGGAUCCUGAACUCAGGUUGGCAGCCAAGUUUGACCUCUCCAAGGAUGACCAGGUCCAGACCUACCUCGCGGAGCUGGCCAAGAUCAAGGGCAGGACCAAGGAUUCUGAUUCAAAGUUCCCAGUCAUCAACGGCACCAAGCAGAGCGAACUGAACGACGAUGUCAGGGACGUUGUCAAAGUUUUCGCGGCCAACUGCACGCAGUGCAAUGAGUCGGCCGCCAAGAAGUUCGUAGAGGACGAGAAGAGCGAGGAGUAUGACAUAAUCGCAUUUAAUGAGCACCACUUGCGAGGGCCAGCGGCGGAGAUCGAAGCUGACAGGCUCGUGCGACUGGGCUGGCGAUCUCAUGGGACUUGGACACCAGCUCGACAGUCGCCGACAUCGAAGAAAGGGGCGCUAGGAGGCACCUGCAUACUUCGUCGUCGGCAUUUGGAUACCCGCAUUCACCUGCCAGACGCGCAGGGCCACAGCAUCUUCGCCAAGGACUUCCACGACAUCACCAUCGUCAAGUGGCAGCUCAAAGGACAGGAGAUAGCAGUCAUCACGGCAUACCUCACGGCAUCGAUUGGAUUUACGGGUGAGAAUAUUCGCAAGAUGAAGCACUUCUUGCAGCUUACGCGCAGCCUGGGCACCACACCCUGGAUUAUCUGCGGCGACUUCAACAACGCACCCCAGGAGCUCGAGGCGACGUCAUGGCUAAGGCGACUCGGAGCAGCGAUUGUGGUGCCACAGCACGUUAGUCAUACGUGCAGCAGUGGGUCGGGCAGGAUGAUAGACUACGCGUUGGCCCCUCCCGUCUUUCGCUCGCUCCUGAAGGCAGUGCGAGCACAGCAUGACGUCCCAUGGUCACCGCGCAUAGGUAUUGUCAUAGAGAUCUUUGCCAAGCCGAACAUGAUCACCAUCCGAAAGCCCAUGCUCCCGGCUAAGAAGCCCAUCCCUGCCGCGGAGGCGCGGCGAGAGAAGGGCAUUAAGAGGAAGCAAAGGGACAGACAGCAGCACCAAGACAUGUCCAAGUACUUCGACUCAGAACUCCUGGGCGACACGCUCCUGGACGCGUACUACACCGAGACCGUGACUACGAAGUGCGACCCGACCAUCUGGGGCGAGUGCCGCGAGGAGGGGGCAUCUUGCCAAAUCCGAGACUCCCCCAGGUGGGUUCAAGACUCGCUGGCAUACAAGCAGAACCCAAGGAUGAGCGACUUGCCCGGCAAAUCAUACGGCAAGUGGGCGAAUGCAGCGGAGAGGGCGCUUGCUACGGUCUCGCAGAACCCGAUCAAGGCUGCGGCGGGGAAGGGGCAACCAAUCCGCUAUCGCGCGGUACCUUUCCCACAGCACGUUGCGAGCAAGCAGUUCGAAUACACCGCGGCAGAUAGACAACGACAAAUCAGUACUUUAUGGUCGAAGUUAUAUCAGCGAUGCCACGAUGGAGAACUUUUACUCAGGAGGCGCCCGAUCGAUAGCCAGAAGCACCUGGAGACGAUCAGCAGUAUCAUCAGGACCUAUGUCAACCAUUUGGACGCCUUCGACACAGCAGAAGGGGACGAAGCAGCACGCCUUGAUGGACAAGCGAGGCGCCAAGCGUCCCGCGCCACCAACCUCCGUCACGACCCUGAGCCUGAGAAGACCAUCGAGAAUAUCCAAGAGUGGCAGGAGGCGACAGAGUUGACGAGGGCACGCAUGGACUGGCACAUGCGGUCGCUCGACGGGACCAGCGCGAAGCUCAAAGGGUCGCUCUAUGGCACAUUCUACUUGGACUUAGAAAAAUCCUACGACAGCGUGGAUUUGAGCAUCUUGAUCAAACGAGCCAUGCAGCUUGACUAUCCGAAGGUCAACUUAUACAUGGCCAUGAUCUACAUUAUCUGGGACAUCACCCACAAUGCGGCGCCGCUUGCCAUCACGAGGGAGUUUGUAGACGACUUGCACACGAGAGCCGAAGGUCAACCCGAACAGUUCCAGGAGCAGUUCCUAGUGUCGGUCGGUGUGCUUGUGCAGGCUUGCCUGGACUCAAAGCUGGCGGUCUCAGGAAAGUCAGCGCUCCUCACGAACUGCGACGCGACCAAGAAGUGCAUCGCGAAGCACCUCAAAGGCAAGGGCAUCAGCAUUGAGACUCCCAAGUUCGUCAAAGACCUGGGCAUAGAGGCGGCGCUGGGAAGGCAGCGCGUCACAGCCACGCGAACUACCAGAACUAAGCAGGCAAAGAUACGCGCAAAGCGUGCCAGGAUCUUCAUCAAGCAGAAGGGCACAUGGCGGCGAAGGACGGCGAUGCUCUUCAAUUCCAAUCUGAGGGCCAAGCAGAGCUACGACUGGCCAGUUUCAGGGCUCAGUCCAACUGCAGCGCGUGAAGCGCGAGCUCAGCAUGCCUACAGCGACAAGUACGUGAAUGGGUACAGAUGUGGCAAAAGGAUACCCCAGCACAUCAACGACUACGACAAGGGAGUGCUCGACUUUCGCGACAUCAUGAAGUCCAUCACCAGGGACAUGCAAGCUCAGCUCUGGACCAAAGCAGCGGACCAGUACUACGGUAAGGGCAUGCAGCACGGGAUGGACACCGCCAUGCUCAAGAAUACGCUCCAGAAGCUACGAAAAGCGCCUGACACGCUGAAGCACAGGAUCUACGAGUGCGACAUGAACGACAACCUCUUGCUUGACGCGGAAACAGAGGAUAUUGCACCAACGGACACAGAAGCGGAGGAGCAGAGAAAGGGCAUCAUGCACGACCUUGGCAUAUGGACAGCUACAUGGACGGUAUACAUCGACCUAGACGAGACCGGGAACCAAGCUAAUUGGAAGAUGUGGUGCGAACCGUACAUGGAAAGCUACUUGCGACAACCAGAACAAGCAGCACUACGACAAUUACUCAAAGCAAGAUACCAGACCCGAAGCACUAGCCAGAUCGCGAAGGACCUUUGUGAUAUGCAAUGGAGAUCGUCCAAGAAGAAGCGGAAAGACGUGCACGACUACUCCCUCACCCUUACAGGCUGGGAAAGAGAAGCAUACAUCUCCCAUAGGUUCGACAGCGUAGCGGACAUCAAGGCCAAGUUCCGCGAACAAUUGCAAGACCGAGCACCCAUUUUCGACCAGGAAAUGCCUGACAAUUACGAAGACAAUGAUGAAGACCGACCAGCAGCCAUGCAUGCGGUGGCCCACGAGAUCUACAAGGCCAGCCUGCCGAACGACAGCACGGGCUUCAUCGAAGGCACAGACCACAUCGGGUUUUAUGGCACCGUAGAUAAAGAACAAAGUGUUCCCGCAGCUGAACAUGCAGGACUAUUCUGGGCUUUGGCGCUGACGCGAGGCCCGCUAUUGAUCAUCGCGGACUGCCAGCUGGUUAUGAAUGGUUGGACCCUCAAGUAUUACGAGCAGCCCCAAGGAGCCCAGCGACCUUGGUGGGAAAGAAUAAAGCUUAUGCUCAGCAGGCGGUCUGGCGGUGUGCGCGUCCAGAAGUGCUCGUCCCACCUCGACGGCGACUCGGUUAAGCAGGCGGGCCAAGAGUUCCACAUCAGCAUGGGCAAUGAGAUGGCGGGUGCGUUGGCGCAGCGAGGAGCAGAAGAGGCAAUGGCAGAAAUACGGCAGGAGGUCAAGACGUUGGUGGAAGUGGAGACUACACUUAUGAGGGCCCAACGGCGGGCAGCAGCGAUCAUCCACGAUGUGUGCAAGGAUGCGGACCCCGCCAAGCUUGAGGGGCCCAAGCAGAUGCCCAAGAAACUAGCAAAGGAAAGAAGAGAUCAGAUCGAGAAGGAGUCAGGCCACAGAAUGCGAAAGAAGCAAGGGCAAUGGGCAUGCCAAGAGUGCUCGCUAACCCCAGGCAAGUACAGCGUGGUCGACUGGAUGAAGGGUAACGUGUGCGUCGGGAGGCAGUACGAGACACACCGAGCAGAUCAUGGACAUGCAGUCCGUGUUCCCAGCAAUGAGCUGAUUGAGAUCAAAGUCAAAGUGAUCCACGACAGCCACAGCAUUGCAGUUGCCCAUGGGCAGUUCUGGCGCUGGAAUUGUGCCGCGGUGGCUUCGCACAACGACUGCGGACCCGGCAGAGUGAACCUACUGGCGACGGAGUGCAGGAACAAGAUCACGCAGAGCGGGGACUACCACCUAAGGCUGGCCAGAAUUGGCCAGAUGGGACGAUCCCGCCUAACGGCGGGCGGCUACCACGAGUUGCAGCUGGGCGAAGACCUCGUGGUUGACCUCAUGGCACGGGGCUACGGCCCCGCAGAGAGAUUCUGGCCUGGAGUGCCAGUGGGGUGGGCGCCCGCCCUGCUCAGGGGGCGGGGUCGCGACCCCUGA